AUCUUACGUCUUGAUAUAUUUUACUUAAGAAGCAUCAUAGUAGGGCAGUGCGUUAUUCCGCGAGAAGCGUUUAUUCCUAGCACAGAAUGUCAAGCCUGCAGCAUAUCAUAUUAAUAGUAUCCGCAACACAUUUCGCUUGGAGGGCUGUAUCUGAAGCUACAUUAGAAGGAUGUGCAAUGGGCCACCUCGAUGACACCUACCGCCAUACGCCCCCGGUGAGUCUUCACGAUACUGUUGUGUUGCAGUUGCGGCCCAGAAAUAUGGUGAAGGUCCUGCGACUGGUUAUAGUGCUUGAAAACACGUGGGGACAACAGGUGUACCGCUUAGCCAUGGACGCUGACAUAGGGGUACACUGGGGGGAUGUGUCACUUGCCCUCCAAGAUGUUAACACCUACCAGAACGUUCUUAAGUUAUCUUGGCCGCCAAUUUUGCUACACGGGAUUUGGACAAUUCUGUACCUCCGGCUGCCGUUCCAGCAUCUCUUUCAACUAGGUGUGAUCCCCAAGGAGGCACAAGAAAACCCCCAGAGAUCAAUGGAUAAUUUAGUCAUACCAACGCCUCUUGCAGCCAGCACGAGACUCACUAGAAGUGGCAUCACGAGAACUAGAAUCGAGUUACUAACCAGUAACACAACUGUUGAUUAUAAAAUAAACUGCAACAAAGGAGAAUAUAUGGCAACGUCCUUUGCAGCGUCAUUCGGAAUAGCGUCAAGUGCUUUAUUAUGGCAAACUUGGGUGUGGGUGCUGUUGAGUCUGUUGAUAUUAAUGACAGCAUUUACUGUAGUUACUGCAUUGGUUAUGUACUUAAAGCUGAAAUUGUCAGAUAGUUUUUCAUUUCGCUAUUUUAAGAAAAAACCUGUAGGGGUCCCUUCUGUAAUUACAACCGUACAUAGACAAGAAAACCCAGAGGCAGCAGAAGCGGGUGGAUCCGGAGGUGGACUGCGAGCUCCCCGAGUAACUGUUGGUGUGGUAUCAUCCCGAGCCCCGUCUCCCGGAGUCGAGGUCGAUGAAAAUACGUUUGAUUAUAUAAAUCGAGCUUUUACCCAUGAUUCUGAUCAUGAAGAUCCACAAUGAUAGUAAAUAAUAAUGCAAUGUGAUAUUUCAAUUUGAAUAAAGUGUUGCAGAACAUACA